AUGGGUGAUGAAGAUUUUUUCUCUGGGGGAUCGAUGCAUCUAUCGCCAGGGAGCUGUCCCGGCGUAUAUUUCCCAGCACGCAAGAGACUACGGAUCGCUGCACCGUCAGUUUACAGCGGGUUUGAGCAAAAGCAAACUUCAAUCGAAGUGUUACCUGAUGAGUGCCUAUUUGAGAUCCUCAGACGCUUGCCUUCCGGCCAGGAGAGGAGCGCCUGCGCUUGUGUCUCCAAGCACUGGCUUAACCUUCUGAGCAGUAUCACUAGGAGUGAAGUGAAUGAGUCUGUUCAAGACGUGGAGGGUGAAGGGUUUUUGUCAAGAAAUCUGGAAGGCAAGAAAGCCACAGACUUGAGGCUUGCAGCUAUCUCAGUUGGGACAUCUUCGCGCGGCGGCUUGGGGAAGCUUCAAAUCCGAGGGAGUGGGUUUGAAAGCAAAGUGACAGACGCUGGCCUUGGAUCGAUUGCUCAUGGCUGUCCAUCUCUUAGGGUUCUGUCUCUGUGGAAUUUGCCUGCGGUUAGUGAUAUGGGUCUCUCUGAGAUCGCGAGGUCAUGCCCAAUGAUCGAGAAACUUGACCUUUCACGAUGUCCAGGAAUAACUGACAACGCCUUGCUUGCAAUCGCCGAUAACUGCUUGAAUCUGAGUGAUCUGACGAUUGAUUCGUGUUCUGGUGUUGGGAACGAGGGUUUAAGGGCUAUUGCACGACGCUGUAUCAAUCUGAGAUCUAUCUCUAUCAGGAGCUGUCCACGCAUUGGAGAUCAAGGAGUAGCUUUCCUCUUGGCACAAGCUGGUUCUUACUUGACAAAAGUGAAACUCCAGAUGCUGAACAUUACCGGUCUGUCUCUUGCCGUUCUUGGCCACUACGGAGCAGCAGUUACUGAUCUUGUGCUUCAUGGCCUUCAAGGUGUGAACGAGAAAGGCUUCUGGGUCAUGGGAAAUUCAAAAGGGAUGAAGAAACUGAAGUCCAUCUCAGUAAUGUCGUGCCGAGGCAUGACCGAUGUUGGGCUUGAAGCUGUUGGUAAUGGUUGCCCUGACCUGAAGCACGUCUCCCUGAACAAAUGCUUGCUUGUUUCUGGCAAAGGACUUGUCGGUUUGGCCAAAUCUGCAUCGUCGCUGGAAAGUUUGAAACUUGAGGAAUGCCACAGGAUCAACCACGGCUCAAAGUUGAAGGCUUUCUCUUUGGCAAACUGUCUAGGCAUCCAGGACUUUAACGCAGAAUCACCUCUGCCAUCAACAAGUUGCAGCUCCUUACGUUCUCUGUCGAUCCGUUGCUGCCCUGGGUUUGGUGAUGCAAGUCUCGCUUUCUUGGGGAAGUUCUGUCAUCAGCUUCAGGAUGUUGAACUCUCCGGCUUGAAUGGAGUGACAGAUGCAGGUGUGCUCGAGUUGCUUCAGAGCAACAAUGUUGGUCUAGUGAAGGUGGAUCUGAGCGGAUGUAUCAAUGUGUCAGACAACACAGUCUCUGCAAUAUCCAUGUGCCACGGACGCACAUUGGAGUCUCUUAACCUCGAUGGCUGCAAGAACAUCACUGACGCAAGCCUCGUCGCAGUGGCCAAGAACUGCUACUCAGUCAAUGACCUCGACACCUCGAACACUUUGGUCUCAGAUCACGGGAUCAAAGCUUUGGCAUCUUCUCCCAACCACCUGAAUCUUCAGGUUCUUUCUUUUGGCGGCUGCUCAGCGAUUACAGAUAAGAGCAAGGCAUUCAUACAAAAACUCGGCCGCACGCUUUUGGGGUUAAACAUCCAACGAUGUGGUAGAAUCAGCAGCAGUACUGUGGAUAACCUUCUCGAACAUCUAUGGAGGUUCCUUCUAAACAAAGGAGCCUGUUUCUACAACUGUUGUGUUCAUGGGAAUCCUGUGAGUGAGUUCUGGCACUAUCUGUACUACUGA